AUGAUGCGCCGUGCCUUUACGCGGGGUGCAUGCGCAGCUCAGUCGUUCAGCAUGGUACGCUUUUAUACGGAUGCCAAAACUGUUCGGCAGCCGCACCGCUACGACCAGGCAAUCACCGCUGAGAACGAAGUAUACAUUGAACAGCUGCUCAAACAAUACGAACAGAACCCGUGCGAAGUGGACGGCAGUUGGAUACCAAUUCUUGAGAAACUGCGUAGCGGCUCUCCGGAUGCGCCUCUCGUGCAGGACUUCACCCGACCGGUGAAAGAUGCCCCAAAAAGUGACAGCGAGCGUAGGCAAAGCAUGGGCAUUACUUGGAUGGUUACGGCAUAUGAAAGGUAUGGUCAUCACUACGCCAAAGUGAAUCCUCUCAGGAGUGAGCAAGAUGUGGAAAGUGACCGAAGGGACUUGUUAAAUCUUCACUACUCCAACUUCGGUUUCACAGAUCAAGACCUUACCAAGGUGUUUCCUGUAGAUAUUGGUGGUGGCUUAAAGGAGGCUUUUGGUGAGAAUGUGAAGGAAGCAACUCUGCAGCAAAUAGUGGAGAAGCUACAGAUGAUGUACUGUGGUUCCAUUGGAUUUGAGUUUCUACUAACUGAGGGUGAUGACGUCCGUCACUGGUUUCACAAGGAAAUCUUGAAAACGUUUGAACCCCUUAGCAAGGAAGAACGUAUUCACAUUUUAGACGACGUGGUGAAAAGUUGUGGCUUUGAAACCUUCAUUCAGCUCAAGUAUGGGACGCAGUUGCGUUUCGGUCUUGACGGCGCAGAGGCUCUUGUUCCUGCUGUAAUUGCAUUGAUGCAAGAAGCCAGCGACCUCGGCGUCACGUCCUUUGUCCAGGGCAUGCCCCACCGCGGCCGUUUGAACCUUUUAGCCAAUGUGAAGGUAAAGCCGCUAACCGACAUACUAGCUGAAUUCGAAGGGAAGACACACCGAAAUGCGAUCGCUCGUCUCGGUGAUAACAAAUAUCACCUGGGAGCAGACAGACAAAUUGAAUUGCGCAACGGCAAAGUUAUUAACUUUGAUUUACUGUGCAAUCCCUCCCAUUUGGAGGCCAUGAAUCCCCUGGUUCUUGGCAAAGCGCGCGCACGCAUGGUGGUCGAGAAGGACUCUGAGUGCGUCAGGACCCUCCCCAUCAUUGCACACGGUGACGCCGCCAUAUCUGGUUUGGGAAUGGGCCACGAGACCAUGGGUCUUUGGGAUCUUGAUAACUACCGUGUCGGUGGUACCGUCCACAUCAUUACGAAUAACCAAGUGGGCUUCACAACCGACUCGGUUGAUGCUCGAAGGGCAAAGUAUUGCAGUGACAUUUCAAAAAUACACGCCACACCCGUGUUGCACGUCAAUAGCAACGAUGUUGAGGCGUGUGUUCGCGCGGCGCGCAUCGCGGCACGUUUCAGGCAGACGUUCCACCGUGACAUUAUCAUUGAUCUUAUCGGUUACCGACGAAAUGGUCACAAUGAAGCAGAUUUCCCCGAUUUUACCCAGCCGCAAAUGUACCAAAUCGUUCGAUCGCUUCGACCGCUGGUUGACCUUUACUCCGAUACGCUGGUGGAGGAGGGUGUUCUAACAAAGGAAGAUGUUAAGGCAAAGAAGAAGGAAUACGAAUCACGACUGCGUGAAGCCUACGAAACUGCGCAGAGCUGUCCAGAGUACACAAAGGUGAUCCCUAAUUUAAGGGAAGAUGCGGGGAAUGCGAGCGAAGGCUACGAUCUUGCGGCUGAGAAGGAGGCAAACCUCCCAAAGGCAGUUGAAACGGGUGUCGACAUUGAAGUACUACGCCGAGUUGGUUUGCACGUCACAACAAUACCAAGCGAGGUAAAGAAGGUUCACCCCGUUGUGGAGCGUACAUACGCGGCACGGAAGAAGGCCAUUGAAUCCGGUGAAGGUGCCGAAUGGUGUUUGGCUGAGAUGCUGGCGUUUGGAGCCACGGCGUUGGAAGGAACACAUGUGCGGUUGGCAGGGGAGGAUGUUGAGCGGGGAACUUUCACUCAGCGCCAUGCCGCGGUAACAGACUUGGAGACAAACAAAAAGUACAUACCGUUGUGUAGUCUGAGCGAAGACCAGGCGCUCGUCACGAUAUGCAACAGCAGUCUUUCCGAGUUCGGUGUGUCAGGCUUCGAAUUGGGCUACAAUGCCGUGAAUCCACACACCCUGGGCAUGUGGGAAGCGCAAUUCGGCGACUUCGCGAAUGGCGCCCAGGUUAUUUUUGACCAAUUCUUAUGUUGUGGCGAAGAAAAAUGGAAUGCCAAAUACAGCCUCGUCUUGUCACUCCCGCAUGGUUACUCUGGUGCGGGUCCCGAACACAGUUCGGCCCGCAUUGAGCGGUACCUGCAACUGUGCAGCGAUACUGACGUGGUACCACACAACUUUCGUCGUGGCUGCCCACUCCAACUGCUGGAGGUCCGCAUCCAACGUUUCAACUGGCAGGUCUGUUAUCCCAGCACACCUGCAAACUACUUCCAUGUUCUCCGCCGUCAAGUGCGGCGGGGAGACCCCAAACCACUUGUUGUUUUCUUCUCAAAGGCGCGACUUCGUGCCCCUAAUGUUUCAUCUCUCAGUGAGAUGUCUACGGGUACGUCAUUUAAGCCAGUCAUCGACACCGCUGUGAACGACGAGGUUAUUGCUCGCAAGGUUCUCUUCUGUACUGGUCAGAUUGAGAGCAUCGUGGAUGAUCGCCGAAAGAAGCUUCAAGCGGAAAAGCCAGGCGUUCACGACGAUGUUGUACUGGUCAAGUUGGAACAGCUCUCACCAUUUCCGUGGGAACAAGUGGCCGAUGUAUUGGAAAAGUAUCACAGUCGGAACCCGAACGUCCAGUUUGCGUGGUUGCAGGAGGAACCAAAGAACAUGGGUUCAUGGGCGUAUGUGCGGCCGCGCCUUCAAAGACUGCUCAGACACUUGGGAAUGGCGGGGUCAAGUGAUUUCUUGCCAUAUGUCGGACGCGUGACAGCGGCCUCACCAUCCACCGGAUACGCCACCGUUCACGCUGAGGAGGAGGCAGAAAUCAUCAGACAGGCGCUGGCGUAA